UUUGAACUCGCGGGUUCUUCGGGGUUUUCUUAUGCCGCCAAGAUCGAAGGAAGGAGGGCGUCGCGGUUAUGAAGCAGUACAGACGCCGGAGGAGCGUCCAAGCAGCCGCAGCGGACGCCCCGUCCCCGGAACCGCCACCACCCAUGGCGGACCCAUCCAUGUUGCUCCACCUCCUCGUACCGGAGCUCCACCGUCCGCGCUCACUGGCUUCCCUGUCCUCCCUUGCACUCGUCCUUCCUGUCCCCGUGGGGGCCAUCCUGCGCGAUGCCAUUGUUCAGCGUCUUCAGCAAGAGACGGACUCGGUCCUUCUUCGGCACCUCCUCACUCUCUUACAACUGCAGACGCAAGAAGACGAUGACGGCUCUCGCUCCUACGAUGCCGUCCUUGGCUUCCUGCGCACCGCAGCAGGCGGCCGCCAUAACCGAGCCCAUGCGCAGGCCCUUGGCUUGCUUGUUUCCUCGACCCGUCCGGUGCGGUUGGACGAGGAUUUUACUCUUUCUUUGCUUUCUAGCCCUCGCGUUGCGGUUCGGCAUCAGAUGGUCCUGUUGCUUGCUGCGGAGAGUGCGAGAAGGAGAAGCGGUGGCAGCAACGGUGAGGACGAGAGGGUUUUGGGGCUUUUCGCAGUUCCGGUGGUCGUCCGAAUCCUUUUGGUGAUGGCUUCUGAUAUGUAUCCUUCAGUCAGGAGGGCUGCGACUGAUGCUCUAGUCGUGAUUUUGGCGGGUAGGUCUGUGGGUGAUGUAGGACAUGAUUUGAUGGAGGAGUGCUAUCGUCGCGCUUGUGAUCUAGCUAGUGAUCGCGACGAGUUCGUGCGGCUUGGCGCUGUUUCGAUCAUUAGCAAAUGGGCGGCUCUGUUGGCCGAGAAAGGAGAAGGCGAUCGUCAGGAGUCACUAGAUUUGGUGUUUCUGCAGCUUUGCUCAUUGUCAGGCGACACGUUUGUGGGAGUGAGAUGCAAGGCAUUGGAUGCUCUUGGUAGUAUGACGUCAGUGUCCGAGGAGGUGCUUCGCGUUUCUCUUUCUAAGAAAACGCUGACCGUGGAUGGAAUGCCUAAGUCACUCUUAGCCGACGCUGCUGGGGCUUAUAUAAAGGGACUUGCUGAUGAAUUCUAUGAAGUUCGAAAAUCAACCUGCAGUUCGUUGGCCAUGCUGACCAUUUUAUCUAAUCAGUUUGCUGCCGAUGUCCUAAAUUUACUCACGGACAUGUUGAAUGACGAUUCUGGGGUUGUUCGGCUAAAAGCAGUAGAUGCAAUAUCUCAUGUGAUGGCAACUGGUUGUCUGAAGGUGCAGGAAAGGCAUGUGGUCACGCUAGUUGGUAUGCUCGUGGAUGUUAAUGAAGACAUUAGAUCAGCUGCCAGACAAGUAUUGCGGAUAUUAAAGCUGCCAGACCUUGGCCUGUUUAUUUCAACGUUUAAUGGUCUUCUUACAAAUAUAAAAUCAUUUGUGCAGGAUGGACCUGAUUGCCUCUCUGUCAUUUUUUCUAUUGGGAGGAACCAUCUAAACUUUUUAAGAAGUUAUGCCAAAGAGUUUCUGCCACUGAUACAUCCUUCUCAAAAUGGGGAACUCAGCUUGGAUAGACCGAUGGUUAUGGCUUUUCUGAUGCUGAUUGUGGCACUGAUCUUGUCAAAGAAAGAUGCUGAUGCCGAAAUACAAUCUCUUUUGCUUCUUUUUGGAACUAGCUUUGUUGGAAAGUUAUCUGGUUGCUUGGCUGGUAUUGUAAACAAUGACCUGCUUUUGCAGUUUGUGCACAGAUACAAGCAUUUGUCUCAACAAGUAAUCAGCAUGGACCAUGACAAUGAAGCUAAUAGUGAAAGUACACAUUCUCUUUCACAGAAAGAGGAGGUGUGUUCAACACUGUGUUUCCAGGAAAGUGGGCAUGGUGGCAGCGAAGAACUACCAAUCCAAGUAGGUGACCACAUGGAGGGGAGGCUUUACCCUGAAAAAACAAUAAUUGUGGUGAAAUGUUUACUAGCUCGAGUUGGGCGAGUCUGGCCUUUGAUUCAGUCAAGGUCUACAAUUGAAGCACUCAGAGUGUUGAGGGGCUUUAUUGAUGAACUUGAAAUGCUUCGCAGUUCCAAUGCAAUUGAUGCCGUGCUGGUUUUUGCCCUUCAGUAUGUGAAGGUCCUCAGACUGCUAGCAAAGUUGUGGGGAAAGUUGACCCCUGAAAUGUUGCUUUCUGUUAAAAUGACCACAUGGGAUAUUCUUUUGGAGAAGCUGGAUGCAGCUCUUAGAAGAAUUAUGUGCACCUUUCGUGGAUUGAGCAUGGAAGAAGAGAGCCACCUUGGGGAGUUGAUGCUUUUAGCUCGUGUAAUAAGACUGUCAAACCCAGGAAACUUUUCUGGUCUAACCAUCAGGAAGUUGCUUUCUCUAUUACCUCAGGUAGCAACAUUGCCUGAUGCUAAGCCCUCUGGUUUCAUUGGACAUUUAAAAGAAAUAUUCAGCCAAGAAAACGUGGAAGAUAUACCUUGUACAUUUCCUUUCAGUAAGUUGGUUAAAUCUUUCUCACUGAGAACCUUUUCUUUAUGUGGAAGAUUCAAGCACAUCAGAGCAGAAAUGAACGUAAACAACAAUGACAGUGAAAACCCUUUGCCUUUUAUCCCAGGGUUACCUGUUGGCAUUCCCUUUCAGAUCAAGUUGUUUAAUGUAUCAAAUACAGAUAAAAUAUGGCUGCAAAUGGUUGUGGAAGGCAUUGUGCAGCAUACAUUUCUAGAUUUGGUUCAUUGCAGAGGUUCAGGAGAAGUGAGGUUCUAUACAGUAAAUGUACCCUUGUAUAUGACUCCAGAUGUUUCAACUUUCUCAUUCAAUGUUGCCAUCAUUAUGGAAUGUCCUUUUGAAGAUUAUGUUGGUGAUUACAUUGGCAUCGGUCCAAAGCAUGAGAUCGUAUAUCUAUGUGAAGCAAAGGAAAUUUUUCUUGCUAGGAUGGGUGUUGAAGAGUGAUCAGUGGGAAUUAUGCUGGCAUUAACUGCACCAAAGUUUGCAACUAUCAUUCACACACCAGAACCGGAGUUCUGGUGUCCUGAGUAGAAAGUUGCGUAUGCAUGUCAAUUUGAAGAGGCUUUAUUAGCGGUCUUGAACAGUUUCAUAACCAAAAGCUGAAACCGGAGAUGAAAAGCAUGAGCCACUGUUAAAAACUUAUCAUCCUCUUGACGAAGGCAGAGAAGGUGCAGAGUGCAGUCUGCAGACAAAGAUGAGAUUGCUUCAAAAAGUCCUCAAUGUCAGUUGUGAUCAGUAUAAUAUUCAAAAGGGCCCAGUAGAAGCUUCAAGCAGCGAUCCAGAGGAGAUCCAUGGUGCACAGUCUGCUUAAGAAUUGAAGUUCCUUGGUCUCCUGCAAAUGAUUGAUGAUGAAAGGACAAUCUCGGUUGAGUUUUUGAGCCCCAAUGCAAGUACAAGCAAUCAGUUUUGGGCUGUCGGUGGUAAUAACAAGUUUAACAUGGAGAAGCUCGUCAUGAUAGCUCAUGUAAUUGUUUUGCUGCUUCUGUUCGCCUCCUGAAAUGGUUUCUGGAGCGGAAGAAUCAUUGUCAAAUAUUGAAAGCGAAAAAUUCACCUCUCCAUCAGCAAUUUUGGCUAAGGCAUUUCUGGCAGUUAAUUUCUUGCCCAAAAAUUGUUGUGAUCUUAGUGUUUGGUUCUGCAAAUCAUUUAGUGAACUCGACUAGUCAACAUCUUUGACCUUGUUUUUUGGAUAAUGUCUAUACACGAAGCUUCCUUGUUUAAACUCUAGGCUUGCAGUUCUCAAUGCAAGAAACAGAAAAUGAACAUGAAUCGAUGA